AUGAGUACAUUGCCGCAACCUCUCCUUCAUGCCUUGGACAACAUUAGAUUCUACACCAAAGACGCGUUUUCAUCCAUUACGAGCUGCAUAUGCCAACAGCAGUCCAAGCUGAAGAUCAAUGGUCGGACGUUCGCUAUCAUCAAGGUUCUCGGAGAGGGAGGGUUCUCAUUUGUUUACCUGGCGAGAGAUGAGAAUAGCCAGAGGGAGUUUGCAUUGAAAAAAAUACGCUGUCCAACUGGAUCCGAAGGCGUCAAGGACGCGAUGCGAGAGGUAGAGGCCUACCGACGUUUCAAGCAUCCCAAUAUCAUCCGGAUUUUGGACUCUGCCGUCAUUCAGGACCCGGAAGGCGAGGGGAAGAUCGUCUACCUUUUUCUACCAAUAUAUAAGCGUGGAAAUCUUCAAGACGCGAUAAAUACCAACACUCAAACGAAUUCACAUUUCUCUGAACGUCAAAUGCUCCGCCUCUUCAAGGGCACCUGCGAAGCAGUACGCGCAAUGCAUACUUACCGGACACCGGCCUCUUCCUCCUCUUCACCUCCGUCGUCUUCGCAAUCUCGUGGCCCUGCAGCGCGGGACCAUGAUGAAGAUGACGACGAUGACGAAAUGUUUCCUCACCCAGAGGGAGAUGCAGAAGGUGGCUAUUCAUAUGGUGGAUCCGGAGGAAACGCAUCCAGUGUUCCUCUUGUGACACGACAGAGACUGGACGAUGGCGAUGUCGUGUUUGAUGGAGACGAAGAUGCCUCUAAUGUGGUACAAGGUAGUACAGGGGAGUUGGUACCCUACGCGCACAGGGAUUUGAAGCCAGGGAAUGUGAUGAUUGCGGAUGAUGGAUCAACGCCCAUAUUGAUGGAUUUUGGCAGUUGUGUGAAAGCCAGGAUACCUAUUCAGAACCGGUCGCAAGCGUUGUUGCAACAGGACAUUGCCGCAGAGCAUAGCACAAUGGCCUACCGUGCUCCUGAACUGUUUGAUGUCAAGACGGGUAACACUCUCGACGAAAAAGUCGAUAUCUGGUCACUAGGCUGCACACUCUUCGCGCUUGCCUACUCCCACUCGCCUUUUGAGAACACCCAGACAACAGAACAAGGUGGCUCAAUAGCGAUGGCUGUGCUGAAUGCGCGGUAUAAGCACCCGCCUUCGCAGUACUCACCUACUCUCAAAAGCCUUAUUGAUAGCAUGUUGAAAGUCAAUCCUCAGGAGCGACCUGAUAUUCACCAAGUGCUUGAAAUGACGAACCGAGCGCUACAGGGCUAG